AUGGUUGAUACUCAAUCUGAUAAACAAGUACUCACUUUAAGUGAAGUUCAAAAAUUAGCUGAAGAUAAAAGUAGAUGUAUUUUGAUAAUCAAUAAUCGAGUAUAUGAUGUAACAAAAUUUCUUGAUGAGCAUCCAGGUGGUGAAGAAGUUUUAAAAGAGCAGCAUGGUAAAGAUGCUUCACAGGAAUUUGAAGAUAUUCGCCACAGUCCUGAUGCACGUGAACUAAUGAAAAAAUAUGAAAUAGCUGAAAUUCAUAAAGAUGAUGUUCGACCAGUAAUUACAGUAAGAAAUAAUUAA